AUGGCGGACGGAUGGGACGCAGAGAAAAUCUUCAACUCCACGGUCUUUGGUUUCACCUACGAUGACCUGAUUCUCAUGCCCGGUCACAUCGGAUUCGGCGUCAACGAUGUCGAUUUGACCACGCGGGUGACGAGAAACUUGCAAAUCCGGACGCCGAUUGUCUCAUCGCCGAUGGACACCGUCACAGAGCACCGCAUGGCCAUUGGAUGCGCCCUCAUGGGGGGCAUGGGUGUCAUCCACAACAACAUGGAGACACUGCGACAAGUGUCGGAGGUCCAGAAAGUGAAACGAUACGAGAACGGUUUCAUCCUGGAUCCCUUCGUCCUGCGCCCGACCGACACUGUCGCGGAUGUCUACCGCAUUAAGGAGCGUUACGGCUACAGCUCGGUGCCAAUCACGGACACGGGAACGUUGGGCGGAAAGCUGCAGGGCAUUGUGACGAGUCGCGACAUCGAUUUCCUCACGGACCGUCACACUCCGCUCUCGGAGGUGAUGACCUCGGACCUGAUUGUGGGACACGAACCGAUUCAACUCGCAGAAGCGAACGAAAUUCUUCGCGAGUCCAAAAAGGGUAAGCUGCCGAUCGUGAACGACCGCCACGAGCUCGUCGCCCUGAUCUCCCGAAACGACUUGAAAAAGAAUCGCGAGUUUCCUCUCGCGUCCAAAGACGCAAACAAACAACUACUCGUCGGGGCCGCCGUCUCCACCAAGCCACAGGACUUUGAGAGAGCCGUCGCGCUCCAGAAAGCAGGCGCUGACGUGCUUGUCGUGGACAGCAGCCAAGGCGACUCCAUUUACCAAAUCGACCUCGUGAAGCGGCUCAAGGCGGCUUUCCCAGACCUGCAGGCGAGUCUCCCACUCUCUGCCUGCGCUCUGCUUGAAGCGCCAUGUGCUUUCCCUGCAAUUUUUCAGAUCAUUGGAGGCAACGUUGUGACGGCACGCCAAGCCAAGAGCCUCAUCGACGCAGGCGUCGAUGGUCUUCGCAUUGGAAUGGGCAGCGGCUCUAUUUGCACCACGCAAGCUCUCGCUCUCGGCGCGAACGCCGUGAUGAUGGGAUCGAUGCUGGCGGGAACUGAGGAGGCGCCAGGCGAGUAUUAUUUCCACAACGGGGUGCGCGUGAAGACGUAUCGUGGCAUGGGCAGUCUCGACGCCAUGCGUGCGAGCGCGCGUCAGGCCUGCGCUACAGCUUCCACUUCACGAGCGCCGCGCUCGCCGCGCUCGCCGCAGUCUUCCCCCUCGACUGCCGUAAGUGUCGAGGGCGCGAGUCGCGUCUCGGCUCUUUCGGGAAACGACGCGUCUCCGCUCUCGGGCGGCAGCGAGGGCGACGCAAGCGGCCCUGCUGGCGGGAAGCCCGGCUUGGCGCACGGCGACUCGGGCGCGACAAGUGGGAACGGCGCCGGCGCGGCUGCUCGGUAUUUUGCGGAGAACCAGACGAUUCGCGUCGCCCAGGGCGUGAGCGGGUGCGUCGUCGACAAGGGCAGCGUCAUGAAACUCAUCCCCUACGUGAUGCAGGGUGUCAAGCACGGCAUGCAGGACGUCGGCGCGCGCUCGCUCAGCGACAUGCAUGCACAGCUCGUCAGCGGGGACCUCCGCUUCGACGUCAGGUCCGGCGCUGCGCAGAGAGAGGGCGACGUGCACGACUUGCACAGCUUCGAACCCAGAGAAGGCAUCUUUGCGGGGUGA